AGCGGGCGUCCCGCCGCGGGUGCUCCGCGAGGCCGGCGGAGGACGGGGAUGCCUUAGGAGCCCCCGAGCCCGCAGCGGGCGCCUGCGGCUCCGGGCCGUCGCGGCAGCGGGGACAGUCCUGUAAGGAAGGCGCCGCGCACGGCACAGUGAACGCAGAGUCCCGGGGGGCGCCGAGGCCGCUCUGCGCCUCCUGGAGACGGCCGCGCCCAGGGUGCUGCCAUGCAGGGCGCACGCCGCGCGCCCCCGGCCUCCGCCCGCUCCGCCGCUUGGCUCCUGCCGCUGCUGCUGGCGGCCGUGCUGGCGACGCGGGCGCGGGCCAGCGGCGAGUACUGCCACGGCUGGCUGGACGCGCAGGGCGUCUGGCGCAUCGGCUUCCAGUGCCCCGAGCGCUUCGACGGCGGCGAUGCCACCAUCUGCUGCGGCAGCUGCGCGCUGCGCUACUGCUGCUCUAGCGCCGAGGCGCGCUUGGACCAGGGCGGCUGCGACAACGACCGCCAGCAGGGCGCGAGCGAGCCUGGCCGGGCGGACAAAGACGGCCCCGACGGCUCGGCAGUUCCCAUCUAUGUGCCAUUCCUCAUCGUUGGCUCGGUGUUUGUCGCCUUUAUCAUCCUGGGCUCCCUCGUGGCGGCUUGCUGUUGCAGAUGCCUCCGGCCAAAGCAGGAGCCCCAGCAGAGCCGAGCCCCGGGGGGCACCCGCUUGAUGGAGACCAUCCCCAUGAUCCCCAGUGCCAGCACUUCCCGGGGCUCCUCCUCCCGCCAGUCCAGCACAGCUGCCAGUUCCAGCUCCAGCGCCAACUCGGGGGCCCGGGCACCCCCAACGAGGUCACAGACCAACUGUUGCUUGCCCGAGGGGACCAUGAACAAUGUGUAUGUCAACAUGCCCACCAAUUUCUCCGUGCUGAACUGUCAGCAGGCCACCCAGAUCGUGCCGCAUCAAGGCCAGUACCUGCAUCCUCCGUAUGUGGGGUACCCGGUGCAGCCCGACUCUGUGCCCAUGACGCCAGUGCCUCCUUUCAUCGAGCCCCUGCAGCCUGGCUACAGGCAGAUCCAGCCCUCUUUCCCCCACACCGCCAGCGAGCAGAAGAUGUAUCCCGCAGUGACAGUAUAGCUCCCGGUCACUGGACGGGGAGAACUGGGCGGGGUUCCUGAGGUGGAAUUCUGCCGCUGUUGCUGGCGUUCACGGCGCAUUUCUUUCGGAUGGCUUCAUUUGCCCCUAAGCUGUAUGAAAACAUCUCUGAAUUAGCAUUUCUGGGUAUGUUUCAUUCAGUGUAUCACUGAUUCAAGAUGCAAAACAGUAUCUGCCGGAGCUGCUGCCUGCAUUGUUGUGGAAUAGGUGCAGAUGCUUGAGCCUUUAAGUGCCCUUGAGAUGUGUUGUCAGAAUUUUAUAAACUGAUAGAUUAAGGGAUUUUAUUAUGUCAUUAUUAUUAUUAUUUUUUGUUUUUCCUAUACAAGAGUGGAAACACCUGCUAACUCCCCUUUUCCUGGGCCACUUUUAAAAAAAUAAGCAUAUGAGGUUGAAGGGAAAAUGUAAAUAACACAAUUAUGAAAAGAAACCCUUUCGAACUCUGUGAGAUAAGUCAUCAGUCUCAGUGUUCCAAGGUACAUUUUAGCUUUGCUGUAAAAAAGAUUUAUAUAUAUGUCUAUUUUUGUGCUUUUGGGGGGCCUAUUUUGUGCUUUUUUUUAAACCCCAUGUAGGGAUCUUACUACAAAAUGAUUUUCUACAUUAAAAAGAGACUGAAGGAAACUGGAUAGUUAGUGAAUAUGGAUAUUUCAGGACUCUGGGAUUAUUUUAAUCUUGAAAUACCUUCUUGAUAGUAUCUUAGUAUCCUGACUUUACAGCGACAUUGGCGAGGUAAUCAGAUCUUUUACACUGAAAUCAUAAGGUAUCUCUUGUACUUGUCUGAGUUACCUGUGAUUUUGCCAUGUGGUGUGACUUAGCAUUUUGUUCUGUUGGCUUUUAGAUCUCUUGCCCGUUAUAGUGCCAAUGACAGUUAUUUACUGUACUUUUAAAUGAAGGUCAGUAUUUCUUCCUGGAUCUGACAAGACACUUUAUAAAAAUUCAAAGACAUAUGUUAUAAAGGUACUUAGUAUAGCUCCUCAGCCAUAAUCUGAGACAUGGGGUGAAACUUAAACCUCAGGCAUGAAUUACUUUGUAAAUCAUUUUUUUAAUACUCAUUAUCAAAGGGGCUUAGUUUUUCAGGCAGUAGUGACUAUUAAGUCAAGAGAAAAGUAGUUCAAAGAGAUACUGCCCAAUGUUCUGAAUUACCAAACUCAAGUGAAUUUAUUUGUGUAUUGUUUACUUACAGAAAAUGUUUAAGUAUGUGCAGGUAAAUUUCUACCUGCUAGCAAAACCAAGAUUUGUAGUUAAACAAAUCAUUGUAAGGUAUGGUCUUUCACACAUUUAUAUCUUUAUCUAUCUAUCACCUAUUCUAUCAUCUAUCGUCUGUCUCAUGACUGAACAAUAUUAAGCCAUUGUUGGCAAAUGGUAUCCAAUGAAGAUAAUCAAAUUUUUAAUAACCAAAGGUAGGGGAGAAUCAUUUUACUUUUUAAUAAAUAUUUUAUGGUGUGAAUUCC